UAUAAAUUAUAAAACAAUUUAUUGUUUUACAAAUCAUUAUUAUCAAUAAAUCCGUUUGUUUGGAAAUAGCACUUAUUUAUUUAAAACAAAUUAAUUUACCAUCAUGAAAAUCAUCAUAUAGGAAAGCAGUAUAAAGGGAAGUUAUUAAUCAUAUUCCUUUAGUUCCAAGUACAACUCGUAUUAAUGAAUGGUACUUUAAUAAAAUUUUGUGUAAUAUUGGAACAAAUCACCGGGUGUAGAACUAACCAAAUAGGCAACCCAAUGAAGGUUAAUAUUUAUCUAAUACAUACCAUAAACGGUACAGGAAUUGGAGUUUUGGUGUAUGUUGUGCAAGGAUGUCCGAUUGGAUUUUUUGGUUACAACUGUACACAACCCUGCAGAUUUCCUAGCUUUGGUGAGAAGUGUCAGAGUGGAUGUAACUGUUCUCGGGAUUUAUGUGAUCACAUUACCGGAUGCACUAGUAUCAAAGAAUGCGAUGAUGGAUACUAUGGUCAGGACUGUAUUUUACCUUGUAAGUAUCCAAGCUACGGAGGAAAGUGCCAGCAAACAUGUAUCUGUAUGCCUUUUAUAUGCAACAACAUAAAUGGAUGCGAAAAUAUUACAGAAAUCACAGAAAUGCUGACAACGAAAAGUGAAGAGGUUUUCAAUUUUGAGUGGACGUUUUUUAAUAAGCAUCGAGAGGCCAUAAUCACAGGAAGUUGCAGCUUAUUACUGAUUAUGGCGAUGUGUGUAUGGCUCAAACUAAAGAAAUGCAAUAAAAAGCCAAGUCCACAUUUCGAGGAAAAGAUUGACCAGCGUUUCGAAUUAUAUUCAAGUCCAUCAAUCGACGACGUUCCGAGAGCUAGUUAUGCAAGUCUUGAACUUGAUGAAGUUUCUGAUCCCGACUACGAAAACACACGUUUUAGUAACUCAUCAAUGAUAUAAUAAUGUCCACGUUUUCAAAUCUUGAUAUAGUUUUGUUGUGCAAUUGUCUCACUAUAACGGUUUUAUUUAUCUACUGAAAUCGUUGUGUGACACAGAUUUGGUUUUAAUCUAAUGUUGAAACAUUUUGAAUAUUUAAUAAUACUAGAAUUUGAAUUUUCCUUUCAUAAUAAAGUGUCAAUUUACUGUGUUUAAAAUAUGCAACUCACAAUUUGUUUUCAAUAUUAUAAUGUGAAUGACAAAUUCUGUUAUAUCAUAACCAAAUGUAAAUGUAUUUAAUUUAAAUGCAUAAUUAUAUACACAUUUUGUGCAUGUAGUCUCGAUAAAAUAUUUUAAACAGAUUAAAACAAUUUAAAUUUUCCUUGUGCUACAAACCUCAAAGAGGAUUUUCGUGGUGAUGAUUUUCAAAAGCCACUUCAAUCUGAUUUUUCGGAUCAAGCCGUUAUUACAAUAAAAAUCGAAUGUGCAAGAUUUUUUUC